AUGGGCUUGCUGUUUAACAAGCCUGCCGAUGUGGCGGGGUCAGCUACCCCAGCUAUACUCGUUGGCAUGUUUGUGGCUUUUGGAGGUGUGCUCUUCGGAUACGAUACUGGCACUAUUGGAGGCAUUCUUGCUAUGAAAUACUGGAGACAGCUGUUCUCCACAGGAUACGUUAAUCCAGAAGAUGAUUUUCCAGACGUGACAGCUUCACAAACAUCUGAAAUCGUAUCUAUACUCUCUGCUGGAACCUUCUUUGGUGCACUUUUAUCGGCACCAAUUGCAGAUUUCAUCGGACGUCGCUGGGCCAUGAUUUUCAAUACUGGAGUGUUCACUAUCGGUGUGAUUCUACAAACUGCGGCAACUGCGAUCCCAAUGUUCGUGGCUGGUAGAUUCUUCGCCGGACUCGGUGUAGGCUUACUGAGUUCAACGAUCCCGCUGCUACAGUCCGAGACACUUCCCAAAUGGAUACGAGGAACUAUUGUUGGAUGCUAUCAAUGGGCCAUCACCAUCGGGCUAUUGCUGGCGGCAAUCGUUCUGAAUGCCACCAAAAAUCACCAGAAUACUGGCUCAUAUCGAAUCCCCAUAGCUGUCCAGUUCGCAUUUUCCAUCAUCAUGGUCGGUGGAAUGAUCAUGAUUCCGGAGACUCCACGAUAUCUCAUCAAGAAAGGCGAUCAAGCAGCCGCAGCACGAUCUCUGGGUCGGUUACGCCGUCUACCACUUGACCAUCCGGAGCUUGUCGAGGAGCUUGCUGAGAUUCAGGCAAACCACAAUUAUGAGAUGGCUAUUGGUGGUGCGUCAUACCGGGAGCUCUUCAGGAAUGCCAGCAUUCGGAAGCGACUUCUCACUGGUGCGGCUCUCCAGGCACUUCAGCAGUUGACCGGCGUGAACUUUAUCUUCUACUACGGCACCUCCUACUUUACUCAUUCUGGCAUUUCGAACCCAUUCGUGAUUAGCAUGAUCACUAGCGUGGUAAAUGUUGUGGGUACUGUCCCUGGCCUGAUUCUCGUUGAAAAGUGGGGCCGUCGUCCACUUUUGCUGGCUGGUGCAAUCGGUAUGAGUGUUUGCCAACUUAUCGUUGCAAGUGUGGGCACUGCCCUGCCUGACAGUCCGGCGGCCAGCAAAGCUCUUAUCGCUUUUGUCUGCUUCUAUAUUGUCUUCUUUGCGUCCACCUGGGGGCCUUGUGCUUGGGUGGUGACUGGAGAGAUCUUCCCACUUAAAGCCCGAGCAAAAGGUCUCAGUAUCACCACUGCUUCGAACUGGCUUCUCAACUGGGCUAUUGCAUAUGCAACCCCUUAUCUUGUCAAUGACGGACCAGGGAAUGCAAACCUUGGCUCGAAAGUCUUCUUCAUCUGGGGUGGAUUUUGUUGCAUCUGUGUGACCUUUGUCCAUUUCUUCAUAUAUGAAACGAAGGGUCUGUCACUUGAACAGGUGGAUGAGCUCUAUGCCAAGGUCGACAAGGCCUGGCAGUCGAAGGGAUUUGUCCCAACCUUGCACUUCACUGAUCUACAAUCAGUCGGGGCGGAGGAUGCUCGCAAACAAACCCUGGCUGAGCUGGAACAUGGUGCUGAUCAGCGCCGAGCAUCAGUGGUUGGACCGAUCACCGAGAAGUGA